AUGCAAAGUGUUCUCGUUUCUCAAAGCGAAGUAGUUGACAUUAAAAAGUGGAUGGAACUUAAAUCAGUUUUAAGUUUUUUGACACUGUCUACCAUGGUUCGAGAUCGUUUAGCUGAAUUGUGUGCUAACAAAAGGAAUGAUUGCAAGAGUUUUUUGCCAGAAAUAAGCCAGAAGCUUUCUAACAAAAAAGUUAAAGAUGUGUUAGAUGAAGCGGAAAAGAUUCGUGAUAUGGUAAGCAUAUUGCAAGAAAAUAUUAAUAUUGUUAAAGAUUUACACAACAAUGUUUUGUCCCACACAGAUUUAGGAAUUCAAAAUGAAUUGGAAAGUAGAACCUUUAUAAUAUCACAAACAGCAUUUAGAAUCCGUACUAGUUUAAAAGAGUUGGGAAAAGAUGUGUCGAGUGUUGAUGAACUGACGUUGGAGAGCGCGAGAGAUGGUCCCGUUUAUAUGCGAAUUAAAUUUUUGCAGUAUGCAACUAUACUGAGGAUGUUUUCAGAUAUUAUGCAUGCUUAUAAUGAAUCGUUAUUGAGAUAUCAUGAUAAGUGCUCGUCGUUGUUACACCAGCAAAGGAUAUUACGUAUGUUUUUGUUAAGUAAACAAAUGGUUUUUUGCUUUGGUGAGCGCGCUAAAGAUGGCGGCUAA